AAGAUGCACCUGGCCAAAUGAACUGUCUGAUAAAAGCCAUUUUGUUGUGCUAGCUAGCUAGCUGUGUGCUACACCAUGGGUUUGUUAUAUACACGUUAACUAUGUCGCUUUUGGGUUUUUGUUUACGGUCUCAAAAUACAGUAAUUGAAUUUGUCAAACUUUGUAAGUAGUCAUGGCUGGCAUGGACUAGCCUUUAAAGUUAAAGUGUUGUGGAGAAGACGAAAGCUGGUAACUUAGCUAAAGUGUUGCAGUGUCAGAUAACAUACUCCUAGCUAGCUGUUUACUUAGCUGACGGUAGUUAUGUUUUCUGAUUAGUUAACCUUACAUUAGUCAGUGUUUGUUUGGAAAUGUGUUUUACAUAGUCUGCGACUGUCUGUGUUGUCAACCAAAGACAACUAGCUCAACAAAGAGGCUGGGUUGCUGUUAGUAAAUAAACAGGCGACUGAAGAACCCAGCUCUAACUAAGACAAACACUUGAGCCAUACAGCGUUAAGCCAAACCUAAUCUGAUAAUGGCAGAGGACAUCCGACAGGACAACAGAGCCAACUUCUCAGCUAUAACGGACCACAACACCAACGGGAUGGCCAGGAACUCCUCUGUGGCCUCAGGCAAAACUGGCGCUUCAAAGAAAUUAGUGAUCAAAAAUUUCAAAGACAGGCCAAAACUAGCAGAGAACUACACUGAGGACACGUGGCUGAAACUACGAGAUGCCGUGGGUGCCAUUCAGAACAGCACCUCUAUCAAGUACAAUCUAGAGGAGCUCUAUCAGGCAGUGGAGAACCUAUGUUCAUAUAAAGUCUCCCCGACACUGUACAAGCAGCUACGGCAGGUCUGUGAAGAUCACGUGCAGGCCCAGAUUCACCAAUUUAGAGAAGAGUCUUUGGACAAUCUUUCCUUCCUGAAGCGAAUGAAUCGCUGCUGGCAGGAUCACUGUAGGCAAACUAUAAUGAUCCGAAGUAUCUUUCUUUUCCUGGAUCGUACCUAUGUGCUUCAGAACUCUCUGCUCCCUUCCAUCUGGGACACUGGGUUGGAACUGUUUCGUAUCCACAUUGUGAAUGACAGUGCAGUUCAGAAGCGCACAGUAGAUGGCAUUUUGGAGCAGAUAGAACUGGAGCGGAAUGGGGAGACAGUAGACCGCAGUCUGCUCAGGAGUUUACUGGGCAUGCUGUCAGACCUGCAGGUUUAUAAAGAUUCCUUUGAGGAAAGAUUUUUGAUUGAGACCAACCGCCUGUACGCAGCAGAGGGCCAGCGACUGAUGCAGGAGAGGGAUGUAACUGAGUACUUGCAUCACGUGGCUCAUCGGUUAGAGGAGGAGAACGAUCGUAUUGUGAGCUACGUCGACCAGAGCACUCAGAAACCACUUAUUAGCUGUGUUGAGAAACAACUUUUAGGAGAGCACAUGACUUCGAUACUACAAAAGGGUUUGAACACCCUGCUGGAUGAGAACCGUGUGACUGAGCUGGCCCUGCUCUAUCAACUCUUCAGCAAGGUGAAAGGAGGACUUCCCACACUACUGCAGUUCUGGAGGGAUUACAUCAAGUCCUUCGGUGGAGAGAUUGUAUGUACUCCAGAGAAAGACAAGGACAUGGUACAAGACCUGCUUGACUUCAAGGAUAAGAUGGACAAUGUGGCACAGAGCUGCUUUGCACGAAAUGAGGGAUUCAUCAAUGCCAUGAAGGAGGCCUUUGAAACAUUUAUCAACAAGAGACCCAACAAACUUAUUGCUAAAUAUGUGGAUUCUAAGUUAAGGGCAGGAAACAAGGAGGCUACAGAGGAGGAGCUGGAGAGAAUCCUCGACAAGAUAAUGAUAAUCUUCCGUUUCAUACAUGGAAAAGAUGUGUUUGAAGCUUUUUAUAAGAAGGACUUGGCUAAGCGUCUGCUGGUCGGCAAGAGUGCUUCUGUUGAUGCUGAAAAGUCCAUGCUCUCUAAGCUCAAACAUGAAUGCGGAGCGGCAUUUACGAGUAAGCUUGAGGGCAUGUUCAAGGACAUGGAGCUGUCCAAAGACAUCAUGAUCCAGUUCAAACAGUAUAUGCAGAACCAGAGUGAGCCAAGCAACAUAGAACUUACUGUCAAUAUCCUCACCAUGGGUUACUGGCCUUCAUACACGCCCAUGGAGGUCCACUUGCCCACAGAGAUGGUAAAGCUGCAGGAGGUGUUCAAGCUGUUCUACCUGGGGAAGCACAGUGGGAGGAAGCUGCAGUGGCAGCCAACACUGGGCCACGCUGUACUAAAGGCAGAGUUUAAAGAGGGAAAGAAGGAACUGCAGGUCUCUCUGUUCCAGACACUGGUGCUGCUGAUGUUUAAUGAGGAAGAGGAAUUCAGCAUGGAGGAGAUUCGCACUGCCACUGGCAUAGAGGAGGGGGAGCUCAGGCGUACACUGCAGUCCCUGGCCUGCGGAAAAGCACGCGUCCUCAACAAGAACCCUCGAGGGAAAGAUGUGGAGGAUGGAGAUCGUUUCAGUUUCAACAAUGAUUUUAGACACAAACUUUUCCGCAUCAAGAUCAACCAGAUCCAAAUGAAAGAAACGGUAGAGGAGCAGGUAAGCACCACAGAGCGUGUAUUUCAAGACAGGCAAUAUCAGAUUGAUGCAGCUGUGGUGCGCAUUAUGAAGAUGAGGAAGACCCUGAGUCACAACCUACUGGUAUCAGAGCUCUACAACCAACUGAAGUUCCCUGUCAAGCCAGGAGAUCUAAAGAAGCGGAUUGAGUCACUUAUAGACAGAGACUACAUGGAACGUGACAAGGAGACUCCUAACCAGUACCACUACGUUGCCUGAGGGGAUACCACUGUCACUGCAAAGCUUUCCUCACAGUGAGCAUACAGCUGGCCCCCCAAAACAGCAUUACAGCCCUUCAGCCACCUGGCUCUCCACUGGUGCCCAUCUUUCUCUCCAUCUACAAUCCUGGACACAGCGUCCAGAUCACACAGAGCUCCGGAGAGACAAAACAGACUUGGCUGUACUGGUCCCACUCUGCGAUAUCUUUAGUGGGACACUGAAAUGUGGCAGGAGAAGUUGUUGAUGGUUGGUUUAUGUGACUUACAAACCUGCUAAUGCAAAACUCAACUGAAAAUAACUAGCACUUUUCACUUUUGUUUUUCUUCUGGAUUGAGUUAAAUUUCUCCCAUGUUUUAAAAUCAAAUUUGUACUAUAGUUGGUUUGUCUUUAGUUUUAAGAUUGUUUUGUUUUUGUUCAAGGCGUUUUCUUUUAUGUAUGGCUGCAUAAACUGCUGGGUGUAAACCUGAUUGUUUGCUUGCUUGAUUUGGCAAAAAACAGCUGUUGAGGACAAGGACAAUGCUUGAGAAGAACAAAGGGAUUAUUGCUUGUGACACAGAUGCCAGCCACUUGGGUAUUUCUUUGCAUAUCUUGUAUGUUUUGACCAAAAUGUCCAGAUGUCCAGUGACAUGUGCUGAUGUUUUUGUAGGUCAGAUUGUAUUCUAUGUAAGGGUGAGAAAAGUAAACCUGAAUAAAUUGGUAUUUAAUGAUUAA